GAGGCGGAAGUCCUCAUUGAAGUCUCGGCUGAAGGGACGGUUUUGGACGUCGGAGCAGAAACAACAAACAGUUGUUUUCAUGACUAACCGGUGAACCGGAGCCGCACCCGGUCCGUCCGCCGACAAACCGCCGCUUUCAGCUAACUGCUUCCGGCGGGAGAUCCGGUGUUUGGAUGCUGUGCGGCUUCCGGCGGCUCCGGUAAGACUCAGACCGGGAGGGAGGCUCAGCGGCGGCUCCCCGAAGCUCCGGGAACCGUCUGCAAGAUGACCGGGGAGAAGAUCCGCUCCCUGCGGAAGGACCACGGGCCCGGCAAGGACGAGGACCUCCUGGAGCCGGACGAGGAGGCGGCGACCGGGACGUUCACGGCGGCCAAACCGAACUACCGGAGCCGGGCGAGCAAGAUCUUCAGCAACCACAAGUUAGUGAAGCAGAACCCGCCGGUCAACGACAACUCGGUACCGGCGGAACUCAUCGACGACAACAACAAGAACCCCGUCCUCCGAACCGGACUCGACUUCCCGGUGCACGAGUGCGUGUUCAAAGGAGACGUCCGCCGCCUGUCGUCGCUCAUCCGGACGCAGAACAUCGCGCAGAAAGACGUCCACGGAAACACUCCGCUGCAUCUGGCCGUCAUGAUGGGACACAAAGAGUGCGCUCACCUGCUGCUGGCCCAUAAUGCACCUGUGAAGGUGAAGAACGCUCAGGGAUGGAGCCCCCUGGCCGAAGCCAUCAGCUAUGGAGACCGGCAGAUGAUCACAGCACUGCUGAGGAAGCUGAAGCAACAAUCCAGAGAAAGCGUCGAGGACAAGAGGCCCAAACUGCUGAAAGCCCUCAAAGAGCUCGGAGACUUUUACUUGGAGCUUCACUGGGAUUUCCAGAGUUGGGUGCCUUUGCUCUCCAGAAUCCUGCCUUCAGACGCCUGUAAGAUCUACAAACAAGGCAUCAACAUCAGACUGGAUACGACCCUCAUAGACUUCACAGACAUGAAGUGUCAGCGAGGCGACCUCAGCUUCAUCUUCAACGGAAACGCCGUCCCCUCAGAGUCCUUCGUGGUUCUGGACAACGAGCAGAAAGUCUACCAGCGGAUCCACCACGAGGAGUCUGAGAUGGAGACAGAAGAAGAAGUGGACAUCCUGAUGAGCAGCGACGUCUACUCUGCCACUCUCUCCACCAAAUCCAUCACCUUCUCCAGAGCUCAGACCGGCUGGCUGUUCAGGGAGGACAAGACGGAGCGCGUGGGAAACUUCCUGGCCGACUUCUACUCGGUGAACGGGCUGGUUCUGGAGUCCAGGAAGAGGAGAGAACAUCUGAGCGAGGAGGACAUCCUGAGGAACAAAGCCAUCAUGGAGAGUCUGAGCAAAGGAGGAAACCUCAUCGAGCAGAACUUCGAGCCGGUGAGGCGACAGUCUCUGACUCCUCCUGCUCCAAACACCAUCUCCUGGGAGGAAUACAUCACAGCUGACAACGGGAGAGCUCCUCAUCUGGGCAGAGAGCUGGUCUGCAAGGAGAGCAAGAAGAACUUCAAGGCCACCAUCGCCAUGAGCCAGGACUUCCCUCUGGGCAUCGAGUCGUUACUGAAUGUUCUGGAGGUCAUUGCUCCCUUCAAGCACUUUAAUAAACUCAGAGAAUUCGUUCAGAUGAAACUUCCUCCUGGAUUCCCUGUAAAGCUGGACAUUCCCGUCUUUCCCACCAUCACGGCCACCGUCACCUUCCAGGAGUUUCGCUACGACGAGUUUGACGCUUUGAUCUUUACGAUUCCCAACGACUACAAAGAAGAUCCAAGUCGCUUCCCCGACCUCUAACCUCCAGCCUGAAGGAACGUUGGGCUGCAGGACGGACUUCUGGAGAAGACGAAGGGAAUAACAAACGUUGGAGGAGCUGAUGGACGUCUGAACGGAGCCGUCUGGAGAGGAGCUCUGAGGUUCAGGAAGCUUUAGGGUCGGACUGAAGGCGUUGGAGAGACGCAGCAGGAAGUGAUGUUUGGUUUGUUUUAUGUAAGUAUGUUUAUAAGGGACUGUUGUAGUGAAGCACUGACGUUACCAUGGAGACGCUGCACAGGAACCCUCUGGAGAUCAGCUUCAGGUUCUUCUUCUGUUUGAUGAGAAGAUUUAAGGAGACCUGAAGGUUUGAAGUUUAAAUAGUGUAAAUUUGGGUUCAUUUUAAGGCCAGUAGGACGUUUAGAACCUGAACAACCUGAAGAGCAUCACUACAGAACCAGAGAUCUGCUGAAGGUUGAAGAACCUAGAGGUGAUCUCCAGUUGGAUUCUUCUGGACGUUGAGCUGUUUGGAGGUUUGACGAGCAUCUCUGGACUCUGAGGCACUAUUUAGAUCCACUAGACACUUUGAACCUUUAAUCCUGCAGGUUUCUACGGUACGGCUGAUCAGCCUUCUGUUUCUGACCUUUUCUAACCUGCAGCAGAAGAAUGUGAGGAUGGAGAAGCAGCAGAUUUAUCAGAGCGUUUUUACACCCAAACAGACGUUUUCAUUUGUUUUUUAUCCUCCUUCUGCAGAGGAACGUGUUUUUUUUACGUAGCAUCAUGACUUCAUUUGGGAGUUUGUUGGUUUCUAAAUGGUGACUUUUGUUUUUUUGUACAUAAAAUCUUUGGAUUCCUCAGUUUUAACCUUCAGACAGGAAGUGGAAUAAAAAGAGUUUAGAGGCGAAGCUACGGAGCGUUCAGGUGCUGCUGUGGUUCAGGAAAUCUGAGCGUCGGUACAAAGUUUUAUUUAACUCAGAGUUUGAUUCUAACCUUUGAAUAGUCUGCAUAUUAUUAUUAUUAAUUAUAUCCAUAUUUAGCAUCGUAACCAAAUGCACUUUUGUUUCUCACUUCAUUCCUCGGCUGCUCCUCACGCUUUAUUUUGAAGCUCCUUCCUGUCUGCUUUAACUUUGACACGUUUUCUGUCCACCUGCCUGUCGGUUGUAAACGUCUGCGACACUAUUUUCAUAUAAAAUGUACUAAAAUAAAACCCACGUAUCCAAAAACA